GUGGUGCGUUGCAACGGGUAUAAGUUACGGUGCGGCCAAUAAAGCCGAAAAGCGCGGCGUGGUCGAUACCGUAAUCGUAUCUCCUCCUGAUAAUGUUAAUAUAUUAAAGAACGUUUGGACUCCCGAGACGUCAGUCGUAGAUAUGUAGCUGUGCGGUACGGUGGAGGUCCGAAAACGGGAUCUGCUGUGUUUUACGCACAUGGCACGCAGGAACGCUAAUGACCCCCAAAGCAGCUGCAAGGAUAUUAUUAUUAAAGAUAACUGAACACAUUGCGGAAAUCCGAGAAUACAUCUGUCGAAAAACUGGCUCGUUUAGCCGCCAUUAUUGACAAUCGAAAAAGAUAAUGAUGUCUGGAGUGUCGAGCUUUUGUGAUAUCCUCAACGUGAAGGUCGUAGGAGACCCUGACUGGAGACAGCGUUUUGUGGUCCUGAGUAACAGUACUCUAUGGAUCUAUGGAGACGAUCAAGACCCUCGAAGAACAAAAAUUCAUCCUGUCAGAGACUUAUCAGCGUCUCGGAGAAUAUCCGAUGGCAGUCAGUUAGUUUUACACAUAAAAAAUAUCGCGAAGUUGGAUUGGUUUAAAGUUAAGUUUACAUCUGAGAAACAUUUGAACGCUUGGAAAAAGCGUAUUAGGCAAGUGAAGGAAGCCUGGAACGAAGAUACUUACCUGCAAUAUCUAGACCAAAAGUCUCAGCUUAGAUGUCCUUACGAGCCAUUAACUAGAUUGAAUAGACAGGUUCCCAGUACCAAGCUUCUUAAACCUCGUUUACCAUUUUCAAGGAGUCGCUCGCUACAAGAAAUAAUUAGUUGGGAAAAAUUACCAAUGACCUUGACCCAAGUAAAUAAAGAAGUGUUGUGUGAAAUGAAUGAUAUUGAAGCAAUUUUAAUAAAAGCUCGAAUAAACAUCUUGGAAAAUGAGAUGAUUUACAACAAGGAAAUGGACAAAAUGUUGGCCGCUUUCAAAAAGAGAGCUUUGUGGCCCGAUUAUUUUUUGAUGGAUGAUAAAUCGCUCAUCGAACAGACUCUUUGCAAGUUGAAAGAAAGUUCAGACACUUUAUUACACGACGUCUCAGAUAUGUGGCCGACGUGCUCAAUGGUCCUGGAGAGAUUGGACGAUUUGGCUAUCCUACUCGUAGAACAUCUAAAAUCUGUGGCUAGAACUCGGGUGAUAACUUUUUGUCAUCUUCUACGGGACUUUAGGCCGUUUUUAAGAAACAACCUUGAAAGCGUGGACGAUAUUUAUUCGGACGUUUACAGCGAAUAUUUUUAUGUUGAACGAGCACUGUUGCCCAUUUUUCGCGUGUAUAAGCUCAAGGGAAUAUCUAAAAAACUCGCCGUCAUGUUAGCCGCGUCCAACAACAUUAAUUGCGAACGGUGGAACGAGCUAUUCGAUCUAUGCAAUGAGACAUUGAAAGAAACCUACGCCGAGCUUUCGCGGUUAUUCGGCGACCAUUAUUCGUUGAGCGUUUCUCAGUUGUUUGCCUUCAGCGACAAGCAUGCAGCUUUCGAGCGCAACGGAAACAUGAGUCUGUUCGAGAAAUUCGAGCUUGCCAAGGAGAUCAGCGAGAUAUGUGACUCGGUGGUGCCGCUCAUCAAGGUGGUCAUCGUGGAGGGCGGCAAACGCGACUCGGAUGGCGUGUGUGAAAAACGCGGGUUGGUCGACGACCCGUUCUGUGGCAACAGGAAAGCUGCAGCUGUCGUUGCCCAGGAAAUAAACACCGUCAAGAAUCCUUUUACCGCGUUUAUGGAGGAGGACAUCGACAGGCCCGGCCGGAAGAGGAAGAUUUCCGUGACCAAGUCAUAUGAGCUCAAAGUAUACUCGAGCUCGGUCAACUAUUUCCAAGAGAGCGAUGUGAACAUUCAAGAAGGAUUUCCGGUCGGAAGCUAUAGAAAUUCGUUUAAAGACACCGCGAUGCGUGCCCAGAUGGUGUCGUAAAACGGUUUGCACAAAAAUUAAUGCACAAUCAUUCAUGUCUAUUCUUGCAAUCUUGACAAAGAUAUUGUUUUUGACGAUCAUUGUAGAUUUGCUUGUAGAAAAAAACAUUUCCUGAAAAAAAGUAUACAUGCUCAGGACCUCGUGUAGUGCAACUAGACGAAGGUUUACACUUAGAUUCGUUACUAGUAGUGUGCCCUCAAAUUGACAGGUGUGCCUGAGUGUAAUGCGGAUGCGGAAUUUCUUUAUGGAGUUCGGGGAUCGACGAAGAACUAUCGCUAAAUUGUCUUUUAAACGCUUCUUCUCGUGCUUGACACUCUCGCGUAACAGCCACAACAACAUUAUAAUUUAGUGACAUUAGUCUUGUACAUAGAUUCAACGUAUAAUCUGAUUGCCAUCUUCGUGACUGCUAAGACGUCUUCGCCACCAAUCUAAUGCGCACAAACCUUGUCUUAAACCGUAGUAUAUAAUAUGGUUUAGAACGACACGCCUUUAACGGCACUAUAAUAAUUUAGUUACAUUAUAGUUACUAUUACCGGUUAUAAGUGAUUGGAACACAUCAAUUUUAUAACCAUCAACCAAGAAUCAUUAGCUUAAAAAAAACUAUUAUACUUAUUCCAUGAAAAAUAUAAUCAACAGUAGAAAACGGUAUAUUUCAAAUCGUCAACCAAUUUAAGCAGUUUAUAAAUUUUCAUAUCGUUUUAAACUUGUAAAAUUAACUUUUAUUCGUGUGCAUCGCAGAAAAAAUUGUUUUUCAUUAAAAUGCAAAAAGGAAAGAAACCUUUAUUAUAUUUUUCAGUAUUAUAUAUUAUUAUAUUUACACAAUAACUUGUCAAAAGUUCCCGAAUAACUGUUUAUUAAAAGCAGCUAGUUAUUAUAUUAAUUAUUUAUUUAUUGGAAAUCACUUCUUUUUAUAUUAUAAUCGAUUUUUUGAUUAAUGAAAUUUACAAAACAAAGCUUUGUACUUAUUUUUUCAAUUUGUAAUAUACACAGUUAGUUGCCAUAGGAGAAAA